AUGAAUUGGAACAAGAAAUAUUUACAAUUUAUUUUACUGGUAAUAUCUAUUUCAUUGUCUUUUGAAGAUGACACAGUAUUAAAAACAGAAUGGACACAAAAAUAUAUAGGAUGCCCUAAGCAAAUGGUUUUUGAAACAUUAAAUGGCAAAAAUGAAAAAUUAAAUGAUUUAAUAUUAGUUACUUCUGACAACAAUACUUUAGCCACAUUAUCGAUGAAUUAUGGAACAAUUGGUUGGAGGCAUCUAUUUGACGACAGUAAAAAGGAAGUAAAAGUAGUAUCCAUUAAUAAUGCUGUUUACUCUAUUUUUGCUGAUGGUAUUGUUCGUGGAUUUAAAAAAUCUACAGGAGAAAUGUUUUAUGAAGAAUUGUUGACAUCUAAUAAUGUUGAAAAUUAUAAUAUAUUUUUACUAGAUAGUUACAAUGUUAUGGCAGUUUUUGAUAAUACAGUUUAUCUCAUAGAUGUAGAAGAAAAAUCUCAUAAGUCAUUCAAUUUACCAUUAGAUGUAGAAAAAAAUAUAGUUUCAAUUGGUAUUUUAGUUUCAGAAUCAUUCUAUCAUGUAGUCUUUUCUUCAAAAAAUACAAUUAAUCUUCUUAAUAUUAAUAAAGAUGAUUUAAAAUCAUGGACUACCACUAAAUUGGAUAAAAUGAUUGUUAAUCAUGAAACAUGUGUAGUCUCCGGGAAAUUCCUUCUUUGUAAAACAAAUGAUAAUAUGAAAAUAGUUUAUUAUAAUAAUGAAAAUAUUAAAACUUUAGAUAUUGAUGGAAAAUCUGUGAAUAAAAUUUUAAGUGUUACAAAUAAUGGAAUGUUUUUGUUGUCUGGUGAAGAUUUUACAAAAAUUUAUGAUCUUAAUAAAAAUGAUUUACCUGUUUUUGAAAAAUCUUCUUCUGAUUUUUAUGUAGCAUCAACAAUUGAAAAGAGAUAUAUAAUUUCUAUAGAAAACAAGAAUACAGUUGUUCUUUAUGAUUCUAAGAAACUAGGAAGUCCAAUAUUUUCAAAACCUUUAGAAAUAAAUAAAAAAAAUAACCCUACAGAUAUUGGUAAUAUUUUUUUUAAAGUUAAAAAAGAUAGUAAUGAUAUCAAUGUAUAUGUUGCAAGAGUAAAUAAAGAUUGCCAGAUAGACUUUUUUGAAACUUCAAAUGAAGAAAGCUUUUUACAUGAAUGGACUAGAUAUGAAGAUCUUUCUUAUAUUUCGCAAUCUGAUUUUGUUGAUCUCCCACUUUCAGAAAUGGAUAUGUUGUUUGAAAAAGAGUUUUCAAAUCCUGAUGGAACUAUUAUUGGUAAUUUUACUUUACGUAUAACCAGUCAAAUGGAACAGACACAAACACUUAUUAGAAAAUAUUUAAAAUAUAUUUCUAAACUUAUUGGAAAGUUAAGCUUUAAAAGCAUAUCUACUGCAGGAUAUAUGAGUGGAUUAAAAAAUAAGAAACAAGAAUUGUAUGAUGAUGAUCAACCGUUAGAACGAGAUUAUUUUAAAUUUAAAAAAUAUAUCAUUGUUACAACACUUAAAGGAUCAAUUUAUGCAAUAAACAAUGAAAAUGGAAAUAUUGUAUGGAAAAUAUCUAUUGAUUCAAAGUUUGAACCAUUAACAGAUAUUUUAAAUAAUUUAAUAGUCCCAUUCUUUGUUCAAAGAACAACUGACUCAUCAAUGUUUAGUAAUCAAGGUGUUGUUACAUAUGGAAUAACUGGAGGAAAAACAGGAAUUUUAGCUUUCAAUAUGAUUACAGGUGAAAUUAUAGAUAGAAAAGUACUUUCAAAGAAGCUUAUUAGAGUUGAACAGAUUCCAAAACAAAAUUCAGAAAGAAUGAAAAAUCUUAUUUUAUUUUUUGGAGAACAACCUAAUGAUAUCGAGUAUUAUCCACCUCUUAAAGAUUCUGAUAUUUUGUUGUAUGAUAAACCAUUUUAUUUAUUAUGGACAAAUAAAGAAACAGGACAAUUACGUGGUACAAGAUUUGAUUUUGCAAAAAAAUAUUUACAAACUGUCUGGAUAUUUAACAGAGAUAUGAAGGAUGAAUAUAUUGCAAAUAUUGUUGGUAAACAAGCAAAUGAAAAAACACAAUCAUUAGGAUAUGUUAUUGGACACAACAAUGUUUUGUAUAAAUAUUUGAAUCCUCAUAUGAUAGCUAUAGCUUAUGCUUCAAAGAAAACAUCUUUAGUUUCAGAGGUUGUUAUACUUGAUACAAUAACUGGUAAAUCACUUUAUAAUUCAAAAUUGAAAAGUGCUCAAUUACCUUUUAAAAUGGUAUUAUGUGAUAAUUGGUUAGCAAUGUCUUUUUAUAACUUAAAGACAAGACGACAACAAAUGAGUAUUGUUGAAUUAUUUGAUGGACAUGAAUUUAAGGAUGUAUCAACUAUUAAUUUAUGGUCUAAAUCUUAUCCAGGAAAUUUUUCUGUUCAAUCUUAUCUUUUCCCACAAGGUGUUACUGCUUUUUCUGUUACAAAAACUGAUAUAGGUUUGACUACAAGAAGUCUUCUUGUUGGUAUGCCGUUUGGUAGUAUUGCUCAAAUAUCAAAACGCCAAUUAGAUGGUCGUCGUGUAUUUGAUAUUACACAGGAACAACGAGAAGAAGGUCUCAUUCAAUAUAUUCCAGAACUUAUUUUUACACCUGAUCAAUAUGUUACUGGAAAUAAUACUGUUCUCCAAAUAAGGCAUAUUUCUUCACAUUCGGCUGGUCUUGAAUCUGUUAGUCAUAUUUUCGCCUUUGGUAAAGAUCUUUACUGUACUUACAUAUAUCCUUCUGGAAAGUUUGAUAUGCUUCAUGAUGAUUUCAACUACCAUCUUAUUAUUAUUAUUCUUGUUAGUUUAGUAUUAGGUUCAAUUCUUACGAGAUACAAAGCCAAUUAUCAUUCUCUUAAACAAUCUUGGAUGUAG